AUGCGCACCAAAGUAGAUGAAGAAAUAGACAGAUUGUUGAAAGAAGGAGUAAUCUCACCUGUUAAACAUGCAGAAUGGGCAGCACCAGUGGUUCCAAUAUUGAAGCCUGUUGGGACAGUAAGGCUACGUGGAGACUACAAGCUCACUGUAAAUACAGUUUCCUCACUUGAACAAUACCCCAUACCCCGAAUGGAAGAUCUAUUUGCAGCACUGACAGGAGGAAAACAGUUCACAAAGUUGGACAUGAGUCAUGCAUACCAGCAAAUACUCAUGGAUGAUGAAUCAAAGAAAUACUUAACAGUGAAUACGCACAGAGGCUUAUUCACAUACAACAGACUGCCUUUUGGAGUAGCAUCAGCCCCAGCUAUAUUUCAGAGGACAAUGGAAGGUCUCCUGCGAGGCAUUCCUUUCGUGGCAGUGUAUUUAGAUGACAUCCUGGUGAGCGGUGUGGAUGAGGAAGACCAUCUGCAGAACCUCGAAACAGUGUUGGCAAAGCUGGAGGAGGCAGGAUUGCGUCUGAGAAGGAGCAAGUGCACUUUCCUGGAAGAGGAAGUGGAAUAUCUGGGACAUCGAGUGGACGCACAGGGACUUCACCCUGUGGAAAAGAAAGUCAAAGCCAUCAUGGAGGCUCCCAACCCCACACAUGUUACUGAACUCAAGUCGUACUUAGGCAUUCCACAGAUGGGUUCCCCUAGAGUUCAGAGAUGGGCGGUGCACCUGAGUGCCUAUGAGUAUCACAUUGUGUACAAACCAGGAAAGAACAACGCUAAUGCGGACGCAUUAAGCAGACUGCCGCUGUCGGAAGAUGUGCGAGAGAGUGAGACCGCAGAACAAGUGCUCAUGAUUGAUCUUCUGGAUGACACACUCGUGGACACAGCCAAAAUAAAACACUGGACAGCUAAGGAUGUAAUAUUGUCUCAAGUUCAUGGUUAUGUCUUGUCGGGAUGGCCGUCAGAGACUGAGGCUCCUCUCAAGCCGUAUCAUCAGAGGAGAGAGGAACUGAGUGUGAUGGAUGGCUGCGUGCACUGGGGAGCCAGAGUCAUCGCACCAAACAAAGAUAAAGCUGUGCCCGAGAGAAAGCCAGAAAUGGUGGCUUCCCCUCCUCAUGAGGAUGUCGCGAGACCAGCGCAACACGCCAGCUCAGACAAGCCUCUCGACUUUUCGACUCUCCCACGUCACCUGUCCCCAGAGGAGUUCCUCCAAGUGUUCGGCAUGACUGUGGAGGAUUUUGACCGGCUGGCUCUGUGGAAGAAAAAUGAUCUCAAGAAACAGGCCCGACUGUUUUAA